AUGAGUUGGCGGCUAACCUUCGAGCCGUGGAACCCGAGUCGUGCAUCACUGCUGCCCAAUAAUGUGCACCAUCAUCUUCCUCUAUUCUCUGUGGUUCAAAAUAUACCGUUAUCCAACAGCGUAUUUGGCGCCUCUGCUCCGUUGGCAACCCCAUGGUUGGCAAAACCAAAGCUGAGAAAUGAUCGACACCAUCUUCUUCAUACUAAAAGAAUCAUUCCCCAACUUAUAACUUACUCUGUUUCAAGAAAUGGCAGUUCCUCUUCCUCUAUUGAAGUCGAUGUGCCAUUUCCCAAUGAUUAUCAGGAGCUUCUUCGACAAUGUUUAAUACCUUCUAACAGGCAAGAAAGCAAGCAAUUUGCUAUGGAGAACAACAAACAGUUGAUGGUUAAGUAUUUAACAAAAUUUAAACUCAGGCAAAAUCUCUUACCUUACUUCACGUCCAACCCCUAUUUUAAUGUCAAUGAAAUGCUUGUGGUGGAAGAGCUUUACAAAGAAGCUGUUGUGAACACAACACGGAAACUGAUCAUAUUCAAUGGAGAACUUGAUCGUAUAAGAUCUGGCUAUUAUCCACCCUUCUUUUAUCCUAAGCUGGCUUCUCUUUCCAAGACUCUAUUCCCAAUGAUGGAAACUGUCUAUUAUAUUCACAACUUCAAGGGAUUCAAUGGGGGAACUCUUUUCAGGUGCUACCCAGGUCCUUGGAAAGUCCUUAGGAAAGUGAAGAAUGCCUACAUUUGUUUGCAUCAGCAGGAAGUUAUGCCAUCCCUUAAGGAAGUUGCGCUUGAUAUUCUCCCAUCAGUUUGAGAAUUUGUUUCUUAUCUCAUUUAUUAAUGCUAUGGAUUCUUUUGUUUUUAGUAUUUAUAAGAAAUUUUGAUCUCCAGAUUAUGAUAUUGAUACUAAUAUGAAAUCUAUUAAUCUAUUUCUGAUGAACACAAAUUUCUUUA